CACCCUGACACCUCCUCUAAGAGCCCCCCGGUGCCCCCCACCCUGCGUCCCCCCCACUCCAGGCGGGACCUCCUGGGACCUUCAGCUGCACCCAGGAGCCCUUUGCCCCUGGGACCGCCCCGAGUGCCCCGCAUCCCAUUCAUGCGCUGCCCCCCCCCGCCAUGUAGGACCCUCCAGUCACCCUCGUGACCCCCUUGCACCCAUUGCAACCCUGUGGGGUGGGGGCACCGGGACCCCCUCAGGCUGGGGGCACCCACAAGGCCUGGGUGGGUCUGAUGAGGCGCCUCUGGGGGUGCUGGGCGGGGGCCCCCCGAUGCAGCCCCCAACACCCCUCGCCCCGGGUGGCACCGUGGGGUGGGCAGAAGGCUGGGGUGCCCCCAAAUCUGGGGCAGCAAAGCGGGUGCCGGGGUGCCAGCCGGCCCCGGGAUGGGGGUGACACCCUCUGACACCUCAGGGUGCCACCCUGUAGCCCCCCCCGCCUCGCCGGGGAGCUCUCGGUGGCCCCAGAGGUGCCACCCCCUCGCCCGCGUGCAGUUGUGCUCACGCGUGGGCUCACGUGCGCGCGUGCCCCCUCGCGAACCUGCGGCACGUGCGCUCGCGCGGGUCCUCGUGCGGUGGGCGCAGGCGUGGGCGUGCAAGGGGCGUGCACGGCCGCGCGCGCACACGUGCGCGAGGCCGACCCGCACGUGGCGGCCGGCGAAGGCGCGCUUGUGCACGGGUGCACGCUGGCAGGGGUGUGCACGGUGCCAGUGUGCGGGGGGGGGGGCACGGGGACAAGGACGGGGGCCGGGUGCCCGUGUUGCACGCUCGCUGGCAAGCCGAGCUGCUGAGCGUGUUUCACACGAGCCCAAGGCCGCGGCGGGACUCAGCCGGGGCGUGAAAUGUUGGUGCCAGAGUUCUCAGGGUGCGCGCGCAAGCCUGAGCGUGCAACAGGCUGCGCGCAUUGGUGUGGGCGUGCAAGCGCUCGGUGGGAGCGUGCACACGCGCGUGCAAAGGUGCGUGCGGGUGGGAGCAGGGGCGCGUGCGCGUGUGCGCACGCGGGAGCGGGCGAGCGUGCACGGGAGCGCGAGUGCACGCCCGUGUGCCGGAGCGCACCUGAGCGUGCACUGGGGAGCGUGUGCACGCGCAGGUGUGCGAGCGCGUGGGCUGCGCCGCGCUCCCGCUCCCCUCGCCUGUCUCCCCCUCCCUGAAAUUGCCGGCGGCCGCCCCCGCUGCGGAGGCGUGCGAGGGGCUGGGGGGUCCCUGCCUGCACUGUGCCUGUGCCCCCCCGCCGGGUCCCCCCACCCGCUGCCAGCACCGAGGGGGCAGUGGGGACCCCAGCUUGGGGACGGUCCCCAGCUCCCAGCCAGGGUGACUGGGGUGGGGGGAGCAGUGGGGUGUCCCCAGGGUGCAGGAUCCCGGACCCCCCGGAGUGUUGGGGACCGAUGGGAGGUCCCCAGGGUGGGGAUCAGCUGGGAUGGGGACCCCCGGGGGAGGGAACUGGAGGGGUAACAGCACCCAUGGGUGCUCGUGGGGUUGCAGUGUCAGUCCCGGGGGGGUCCCCAGUGCUGACUGAACCCUGAGGCUGACCCUGCAGCCCUGCUUGGGCACGGGGUGGCCCUGGGGGCACUGGUACCACUCCUGGGGACCGCGGGGUGCCAGCGGCUCUGCAGGCACCGUCAUCCCUGCAGCAGGCCUGGGACACGGCGGUGGCGGUGGUGGGGGGGGGGGGCACGGGGGGGCUGGCAGCAGUGGGGGGCCGUGGGUGGUGACAGGCAGCCCGUGGGGACCGUGGGCGCGGGCAUCACCCGCCCGGCAGUGUGACGCAGCGAGACCCCUGCUCCCGCUGCCGGCUGGUGGCCGUCCCUCGUCCCCGGGCUCCGCUCGGGGGUCCCAGCACCGUCCGUGAUGGGCGAGUGACGCAGGGGUCCCCAGAGGGUGAGUGACCCCAGGGAUAGGUGUCCCUGAGGACGGGUGUCGCCAGGGACGGGUGGCGGGGUGCGGGAAGGUGACAGCCACCUUUCCCAAGGUCACAUUCCCCCGCAGCCCGCCAGGCUCGGGAGCUUCGCGCUGGCUUUGAACGUGACGUCUGGCCGCCCCCCGGCCCCCCUCGCUCGCUGGCAGCUGUCACCGUCGUCACCUUGGCCAGGGGACGCGAUGGCCCCCACCCGCCGAGCUGGGUCUGAUCGUCACGCCGGGGCGAGGCGUGGGGGUGCGCACCGGCCGCGCGCGUGUGCCCUUGCACGCUUGCACGGAUCCGCGCUCGCUCGCCUGCCCUCUGGUUUACGGCCGCGCUCACGCGUGCGCUUGCGCACGCGUGCGGACCUGCACACGCGUGCAGACGUGCACAGGCGGGUGGGCUUGUGCCUCUAUUUGCUCGCUUGCCCGCACACGUGUGCCAGCUCACGGGGGGUCUCCAACGCCUGCCCACGCGCACACGCGUGUGCACGGGUCGCUGCGCGCUGUGCAGCCAGGCCGGGGCGAUGCUAACGAGGCUUGGGAGGUCGUUAGGUGCUGAGAGGGGUGGGGAGGAGUGCGGGGGCCGUGGGACACAGAGGGGGACCCUGUGGGGGACCUGGGGACGCUUUUGGGGCGUGAGCCCUGCUGCGGUGCGGGUCCCCUGGCGCGGGGCGGCGGCCGCUAAUUAAAACAAAUUGGAAUCAUCAGCCCGCAGGAAAUCCCGCGGGAGCCGAGGCGGAUGCCAGCGCUUGCCAGCUCUCCUCACCCUCCCCGCUGCCAGCACCCCGUGUCACCCAGCCGUGGGGACCUGGCGGCUUCGUCCUCCCACCGGAGCGGUGGCGGGGUCCCCUUGUCCCCCCCGUGACCAGGAACGCUGUCCCCACGCGGUCCCACGGCCCCGCUGGCCCCUGCGGUCCCAGCGCUGGUGCCGGUUCCUCCCGGGCCGGCCGGAGUCACGGCACUGUCCCCUCCUGGGGACUGUCCCCCGUGUCGGGGACGAGCGCCGGCAUCUCCUGUGUCACUGCCGGUCACGUCCUUCCUGUGGGAUUUGGAGCCGCGGGUGGCUGUCCCCAACGCUGGGGGACAGGGGACACGGCGUCUGUUCUCGGCUGGUGACCUGCGGGUUUUGGGGCUCGUCCCCGAGGAGCCAGCGUGGUGGGGACCCCGUGGCCCCGGUUGGGACCAUUCCCGUGACCCCCAUCCCCCUGCGCCUCAGCCCCUGCUCGCGCCGUGCCUCAGUUUCCCCAAGGGACCGGGCUGGUGGGGACAGCGUGGCUGGGGGCUGGCUGGCCGGGAUGUGCACGGCCACGUGCGGUGUUGGACGAGCGCGUGUGACCUCGCGCAGCCUUGCACGAGCGUGUGUGACCUCGCACAGCCUUGCACGAGCGUGUACAGGUCUGUGGGGUCUCGCCUGGCAGGUCCCUCACGCCCGCUGCCAGAUCUCGUUAGCCCUAACGAGGCACAGGGCUGCCGGAGCAGCCGUCUGGAAGCCACCGUCGUGUUGCUCCCCCCCGAGGUUUUCACUCGGGGCUGUGACUGGGGUGACGUCCCCACCGCGGGGACACGGGGUGACGGUGCCGGGGAUGCCACGUCCCGCCGCGGGGGUCGGCGCAGGCGGGGGGCUGGCCUCUGCCCCGCGGCCACGUGUCCCCGUCCCGUGGGACUGUCACCGCAUGCUGUCCCCCUCCCCACGGCCGGGUUUCUGGGUCACCCCGAGGCGCCCCCCGAGCUGCGGGCUGGGCUGGCAGCGUCACGGGAAACUGCUGGCAGCGGGGACAGAUGCCACCAGCCUUGGGGACUGUGCACCCGGGUGGUGGGGACUCAGUGGGGGCCAGGUGGGCAGUGAUGGGGACCCAGUAGAUACCAGUGGGGACCUGCUGGGUGCCAGGUGGGCAGUGAUGGGGACCCAGUAGAUACCAGUGGGGACCUGUUGGGUGCCAGGUGGGCAGCAAUGGGGACCAGUGGAUACCAGUGGGGACCUGUUGGGUGCUGGUGGCAGUGAUGGGGACCUGCUGGGUGCCAGGUGGGCAGUGAUGGGG